CUUGUUCCUCUUCCUCUUCCUCUUCCCUUUCUGAUUUCCUUCCUCCCCUUCUUCCUCCUCUUCUUCCUCUUCCUUCUUCUCUUCCUUUCCUUCCUUUUCCUCUUCCUCUCAAAAUGGCUCCCAUUUCCAAGAGGAAGAGGCUUCACUGGGGAUUAGGCUUCCUCUUCCUCUUCAUCGCUGGAGUCUCCGCCAUCAUCAUGGCCACCAUGUUGAUUCGCGUCCAAUGCGUUGCACCGCAUUACGCAAACGCCGCCGUCGCCGCCGAUACGCUGACUUGCUCCCAGAUUGGCAGGGACGUCUUGAAGUCUGGUGGAUCAGCGGUGGAUGCGGCCAUCGCAGCCUUGGUCUGCACCUCGGUCCUGAACCCACAAAGCAUGGGCCUGGCCGGAGGGGUCAUCUUGACUGUUUACAAUGCAACGACAGGCAAAGUUGAGGUGAUCAACGCCCGGGAAAGGGCCCCCCAAAACAUCCCCGAAAACCUGUUGGAUCAAUGCCGCGAAGGACUGAUGUUAGGUCCCAAAUGGAUCGCAGUCCCCGGCGAACUUCGGGGCUACGAAACUGCGCACCGGCGUCACGGGAAGCUGCCCUGGAAGGCGCUUUUCGAACCAACGAUCGCCGUCCUUCGCCACGGGGUCCGGAUCCCGGAGGUUUUGGGACGUUUCCUGAAGCACCCUCUCUUGCAAAGGGCAUUGGAACAGUCCUCUCUAAGGAAACUCUUUUCGGACGUAAAAGGGAACCUUUUGGGGACCGGAGACCUCCUCCAUUGGACCGCGUUGGAGGAGACGCUGCGUGCGGUCGCCGAAAACGGCGCUGAUGAAUUCUACGCGGGGAAAACGGCGGAGAAGUUGGCACAGGACGUUAGCGGUGAAGGCGGAAAUUUGACGCUGGAGGACCUGCACGGUUACCGCGUGAGUGUCAAGAGUGCCACCAAAUCCGAAAUCGGUGAUUAUGACAUUUAUUCCGCCCCGCGUCCUGCCGCCGGUCCGAUCCUGUUCUUCAUCCUCAACGUACUGAAAGGAUUCAACUUCACCAAAGACUCUGUCAGCACCAUUGAACGCAAAGCGGAGGCUUACCAUUAUAUUGCUGAAGCCCUCAAGUUUGCCAACGGCCAGAAAGCGAAAGUCGACGACCCGGAUUUUUCAAAAAACGGAGAAGACGUUAUCAACCACCUGGUUUCGGAUUCCUUCGCCGCCACCAUCUGGAGGCGAAUCGACUCGCGAGGAGACCACUCGGCAGCACAUUACGAAAUCGCGCAGGCGAGAUGGUCACCGUAUGGCACGUCCCACGUGGCGGUUUUGGCGCAGGAUGGGAGUGCCGUCUCCGCAACCAGCACCAUCAACCAGCCCUUCGGGUCGAUGGUGUAUUCCCAGCAGACGGGCCUCAUCUUAAACAACGAAAUGGCUGACUUCUGCAUGAAGCGAUCAGACCGGAAAGUCUACCCGGGGGAGAUGCCUCCUUCCUCCAUGACACCCUCCAUCUUAAUUUCACGCGACGGAGCCUCGAAAUUGGUCAUCGGAGGAUCCGGUGGGACUCUAAUUACGCCGGCCGUAGCGUUAGCUAUCGUCAACAAACUGUGGUUCGGAUACGAUCUGGAAGGAGCGAUCCAGGCCCCAAUCCUCUACGCCACCAAAACCGGUUCCCUCGAAGUGGAGCCUAAUUUCGACCAGGAAAUCAUGGCCGCCUUGCACCGAAGGGGACAUGCCAUAAAGACAGCAGCUUACCCGCUAAACGUGGUCCAAGGGGUCGCCAAAGACGGACCCUGCGUCUUUCCGUACUCCGAUCAGCGCAAAAACGGCAAAGCCUCCGGAUAUUGACGCUGCCAUUGACUUUUUAUCGAAACGCAAAAUGGCCAAAUAUCUAAAUAUCCCUAAUUAUAUCUUCCGACGUCAUGGUUUUAAUCAGACUCUUUCCUCACGGAAACAAAAAAAAUGGCGUCAGAGCAUGCGCAGUUUUAUUUCAUGCAAAUUAAGUUGGGGAAAAAUUAGCACUGGGAAAAUUAAUUAAUUGCUGAAUUAAUUAAAGUGCGUUAAUCAGGGA